AUGUCCAAACCCAGCGACGGAAGAAGCGGGGAGGCACCGGAAACCUGUCGAUCCGGGGGAACCAAUGAGAACAACCCGAAAAUGAACGGGGAUGUGGGACAUGGAAAUCAAACGAAAAUCAGUUCUUAUAUGAACCCUCCUAAAACAUCUGGGGUGCGCACACCUCUUCAGGAAGAAAACUCCACUCCGCCUCAUGAGAGCAAAAAUAUGGGUAAAGCCUUUUUGGACCCUCACAAAAAAGCAGAAGCAAAGAAGACAAAAAUUGUUACUAUAACAGAACCAAUAAGCAAAGCCACAGAGCACAAAGACAGUGAAAGUAGUGUGUCCGAUAGUGGUCUGGUCCAGAAUCAAAGCUUGCCUGAGCCACAGAAGAAGCCUUCCCCAGCUGACCGGAAGCCAGAGCCACAAAGAAUUGUGAAAAAAUCCAACAGACGGAAAGUACAAGAAACCAAGUCUCAAAACAGAAAAGUUACAGACUACUAUCAAGUUAGAAGAAGCGGUAGGAAAAGCAAAACAGAGCUAGAGUCAGAGCAAAAGAAGAGGAUAGAUGACUUAAUUACAAGUGGCACAGAGGAGGGGAUGAAGAUUGAUUUCAUUACUGGUAAAGGCCGAGGUGUGAUUGCAACUCGGAAUUUUCUUCGAGGAGACUUUGUUGUAGAAUACCAUGGGGAUCUUAUAGAAAUUACAGAUGCAAAGAAACGAGAAGCAGCAUAUGCCCAGGACGACUCCACUGGCUGCUACAUGUACUACUUUCAGUAUCUAAAUAAAACCUACUGUGUUGAUGCAACAAAAGAAACAAAUCGUUUAGGAAGGCUUAUAAAUCACAGCAAGAGCGGUAAUUGCCACACCAAACUACACGAUAUCAACAACAUUCCUCAUCUCAUACUGAUUGCAUCAAGGGACAUAAAAGCAGGAGAAGAACUCUUGUAUGACUAUGGAGAUCGGAGCAGGUCUUCCAUUGAAGCACAUCCUUGGCUUAAGAACUGA